AUCAUUCCAAACUUUGCCAAUGUUUCUAGUCAAUACAUUUAUUCCUAAAGUUGAGUUGCCGAGUUCAGCGUGUUCCAUAUUAAAAAAAAGACGCUGUUGCAAUUUGCAUCCAGUAGACCCGCAAGAUAGGUUUGUUUUGCGAAUUUCUUCUUCGCGGUGCAUUUCGGGAGGUGUAGUCUUUGUGAUGCUUGCUGGGGAAUCGUGAUCUGAGCCUGCCUAAGGAAGCAGUCCGGGAGGCACCUUCCACGAGGCGGGCUUUAGGACCCUGCGGGGGCACGGCAGCCGACUGGAAGAAGGGUCGGGAGAGGUCAGGAGCGCGUCGUUGAGCCUGGAGCAGCCGCGGCAUUUGUGGUGUUGGGAGUGAGGGGGUCCAGGAGCUGCGCGGGUGGUGGAGCAGGACUCCGGGGUUUCGAUUCUUUAACCAUGGCACAGGUGGAGAAACGAGGUGGUUUGCUCCGGAAAUCUUCAGCCUCCAAGAAACCGCUGAAGGAAAAAGUGGUGCUCAUGUAUGAUGAGAUCUUCAUGACAGAGGACCCCAGUAAGUGCAGUCCUCGAUUUUGGGAGGAGCUCUUCCUCAUGAAGGUGAAUUUAGAGUACCUAGAAGGCAAGCUCGAAUCUCUUGAUGGUGAGGAGUUAAUGAAGAUCAAGGACAAUAUUAAUUGCUUAUUUCAACACUGCAUCCAGGCUCUGGGAGAGGAGCAUCCAAUUCGAGUUGUUAAUGCAUUGCAGACCUUGUGUGCACUCAUUCGAGGAGUCCAUCAAAAGAAUAAGUCUACCUCUGGGUUUGACAUUAUCAACAUGCUGAUGGGCUUUGACAAGGCAGAGCUGUGCAUGAAGAACUUGAUGGAGAGUUUGGAUUCAUUGCUUUGUGCAGAAGGUUCUGAAAGUCUGAAGAGUUUAUGUCUGAAACUUCUCCUUUGCUUAGUGACUGUGACAGAUAACAUCAGCCAGAAUACUAUCCUGGAGUAUGUAAUGAUCAACAGCAUAUUUGAAGCAAUUUUACAGAUACUCUCCCACCCCCCAAAUCGUAGGGAGCAUGGGUAUGAUGCUGUUGUCCUCUUGGCCUUGCUGGUGAACUACAGAAAAUAUGAGUCUGUGAAUCCUUAUAUUGUGAAGCUGUCUAUUGUGGAUGAUGAGGCCACACUCAAUGGAAUGGGGCUUGUGAUUGCUCAGGCUUUAUCUGAGUACAACAGGCAGUAUAAAGACAAGGAAGAAGAACACCAGAGUGGAUUUUUCUCUGCUUUAACAAAUAUGGUGGGCAGCAUGUUCAUAGCAGAUGCCCAUGAGAAAAUCUCAGUACAAACCAAUGAGGCCAUCCUUCUGGCACUUUAUGAAGCUGUUCAUUUAAAUCGCAACUUCAUCACAGUGUUAGCCCAGAGUCAUCCGGAAAUGGGCUUGGUGACAACCCCUGUUAGUCCUGCUCCAACAACCCCAGCCACACCACUUGGGACCACACCACCCUCUUCGGAUGUUAUAAGUUCUGUGGAACUCCCGCUGGAUGCAGAUGUACAGACCAGUAAUCUACUGAUAACCUUCUUAAAGUAUAGCUCGAUUGUCAUGCAGGACACCAAAGAUGAGCACCGACUUCACAGCGGCAAACUCUGUCUGAUUAUCCUUACAUGUAUUGCAGAGGAUCAGUAUGCCAAUGCAUUUUUGCAUGAUGACAACAUGAAUUUUCGAGUAAAUUUACAUAGAAUGCCUAUGAGACACAGGAAGAAGGCAGCAGACAAGAAUCUUCCCUGCCGUCCUUUAGUAUGUGCAGUACUGGACCUGAUGGUAGAGUUUAUUGUAACACACAUGAUGAAGGAGUUUCCUAUGGAUCUCUAUGUACGCUGCAUUCAGGUAGUGCAUAAACUACUUUGCUACCAGAAGAAAUGUAGAGUACGCCUGCAUUAUACCUGGCGGGAACUCUGGUCAGCCUUGAUAAAUUUGCUGAAGUUCCUUAUGUCAAAUGAGACUGUACUUUUGGCCAAACACAACAUUUUUACAUUAGCCCUUAUGAUUGUGAACCUAUUUAAUAUGUUUAUCACAUAUGGCGACACAUUCCUGCCCACCCCCAGCAGCUAUGAUGAACUUUACUAUGAGAUUAUUCGCAUGCACCAGAGCUUUGACAACCUCUAUUCCAUGGUCCUGAGACUCUCUACCAAUGCAGGCCAGUGGAAAGAAGCAGCUAGCAAGGUGACUCAUGCAUUGGUUAAUAUCAGAGCCAUCAUCAACCAUUUUAACCCCAAAAUUGAAUCUUAUGCUGCUGUGAAUCACAUAUCCCAACUGUCAGAGGAGCAGGUGCUGGAGGUAGUGCGAGCCAACUAUGACACACUCACACUGAAACUGCAGGAUGGUCUGGACCAGUAUGAGCGUUAUUCGGAGCAGCACAAGGAAGCUGCCUUCUUCAAAGAGCUGGUUCGAUCCAUUAGUACCAACGUCCGGAGGAACCUGGCCUUCCACACACUCAGCCAGGAAGUCCUGCUCAAGGAGUUCUCCACUAUCUCCUGAGGCCACGCCUAUCUGAGCCGCCACUGACUGCCCUUACCCAUGAGCCUUCUGGGCUGGAGGGGAAGUGAGGGGAGACGGAGCUGUCCCCAAGGCUGGAGGAAAAAACACGGACAUUGAGUUCUCUCAGUGAAGGCUGCACUUCAGUGGAGUUUGGACAACAGGGGCCAGGAGGGGCAAGCCAGGGAUAAUCUUAUUUGGGGAAGGAUUGGUGGGCACAGGGAGAAGCCUUCAAAAAUGUGGAUACUUCCAAGGGGCUCCCUGGACACCCUCUCACAUUUCCAAUUGAGAUUACAAGUUGAGGCUGCUGACUACUUUUCAGGAGCUGUUGGAGCAAGCCUUAGGGUAGUGCCGAUACUCUGAGGGCCAAUGACUCUCUUAAGCUUCCGAAAAGACUCUCAGAUGUAAGUGAAGCUAAUUCUGCUUCCUUUGGGCCUGGGACUGAACUGGGCUUGAAAUCUGUGUCCUUUGCCCCUGCUGACCCUCUGUCCAGUCAUUAGGACCCUUAGCUCAGGCUUAGGGUUGGGUAGGAAUGGGGUACCUUUUUUUCUAUUUUCUAAAUACAGAGCUGACUCCCCUGGGAGACUGGAGAUUAGAAUCUGCCCCGUGCUUCACUGUCCAGCCACCACUUUCUGUAUUUGAUUCCUGGCACCAGGAAUUCCUGUUAGUUUUUUCCCCCUGCCUUCCAACCUAUUGGACUUCUCAGCACUAUAGGGUCAUAACCAUAGCUUUUCAUUUUCAAUCUGGUUUAAAUUGUCUGUAGGGUAUGUGUGAAAUAAACAUUGACAGGUUUUCUGGAA